CGAUGGACCUUCUUGGGGCCGACCGCCGCGGCCGUUUUUUGCUUCUCCAACCUCAACACGACGCGUCUAUCCCGACGCCGUUCCUCCAAAAUGGCUUCCACGCGAGAGGAGCGGCUGCAAAUGCGCCAGCGCGGAGCUGGGACACACAAGACAAAGGCAAUUGAUUUCGGCUUUUCUUUCGCAGGCGCCGCAACUGGGCCAUCAGAUUCUGCUGCGCUACCUCUUUUUCCUGAGCCGAUACAACCAUCGCAAACCGAGACUGCGCCGCCCGCGACAACUACACCACUAGGAUCGCAAACGGAUAGCAGGAUACAGCGCACGCCAGGAAGCGCGCGCAACGCACAACCGGAGCGCCCUUCGCCAUAUGACAUACCCGCUGAUGGAGAGUCUGCGCAGCAGCGUAGCAACAAAAGGAGGAAGAUCAGCCAGCCAAGUCAGGAGUCUACUACCCUCGCGCGUCCUCCCCUAGCUGCCUCCGGAAAUUGGCUGUCAAAAACAGCCCAGAAUGGCGAUAAAGAGCCACCCCCACGUGUGAACGUGGAUGCCUCUCCCACGGAAACUCUCGUACCGGCGACUCAUUCGGGCACAAAGCUUCAGCCAGAGAUAUCGGUCGAUGACCAUACACAUACGGAGGGCGCUCAAGGCAAAAAUGGAGCGGGGAGAGGCCCAACAACUAUUUCGGAACCUUCACAGAAUAACGCUACAACCCCUGACCGGUCUCGACCAUCGAAGGUGCCUCUACGUCAGAAACAGCCAAUUGUCGAUCCGAUUCUGCCACCCACAUCAUCCCAGCAGAAACGGCGAAAGAGUCGAUCACCGCAGCAAGACGAAGCUUCACCGAAAGACGACCAAGCAUGGCCGGCCAAGAGACCAUCAAGGAAGUCUACCUCACCAGCUACUCGAAGCGACAACCAAUCGAGUUCAGAUGUGACCGAAACUAGUCAACCUUUGACAGCCGAUGCGAGUGCGAGUGCGAACGCAGUACAACAACAGAUAGAGACCGCGCGCCCGAUCACUGCGGCUAUAGAUAGUGGUGACCAGGCAGAUCAAAGGCCACCAUCUCGAGAUAAUGUCCAGGCAAAGUCUAAGCCGAGACGGACUCGCAAUGUCAAAGGCAAGAGUUCACAGGAGAAUGUGAAUUCGCAAACGGCGGGUCAAGAACUUGAGGCUCAGAUGCGUGACGAGCCAGUGGAUGCUACUUCUCAAGCAUCUUCGAAAACGAAACGAACCCGUAGGAGAGCUUCUCCCGCCCAGACGACGGCAGAUACGAACACCGCAGAGGAGGCGAAUGUUGAAUCUGAGGCCGAGGUGCCACAAGUUCCGGAAACUAGCCAGUCUGAGACAGUACCCAGAACCACACGGCUCCGACAAAAACCAUCGCCCAGUGGGAAAACGGCUAGAACGACGGCAGUUGAAGAUGUUUCACGGGCUCCUACCGGAUCUACUGCGUCUACGGGCAAGACAUCCAAUGCAGUUCCACGCCAAGGCCGCAAAGCAUCCAAGAAAAGAGGCACGCGACCCCAAUCAGAAUCUGUUGAACCUGAGCAGGAUGCUAGUCAAGAACCAGAGCCAACGCCACAGGCAGAUGUACAUACCGAGACAGAAGCUGGUCCUUCAAAAUCUCGGCGGGGUCGGUCAAAUAAGAGAAAAGGCAAGCAGGCUGCAGAACCCGAGGGGACACCUACGGAAGAGCAACCUGAUACGGAGGCAGCACAAGAGCUACGACGGAAGACACGACAACCUCGAGGUGAAACCGUACCCGUCACCGUCCAUCGACUUGCGAAUGCUUCUGCUCUCGGUGCGCUGUAUGCCUCUGCCGAGGGCUCUGGUGACGAAGACGAGGAGUCCCCCGAUGGACUGGUAUCUCGCUUGAAUACAACAUUACCUACACGUGGCGGCGUCAAUCCGGCAGAUGUGCUAGGCCAAAUUUGUCGCGAGACAUUAGAAAAGACCCUUGACAAACUGAAGACCGGGAUUGAGAACGAGACCAAUACUCAAAAACGUGCCGAAUGGUCCCGCAAGCGCAAGGCCGUGGAGGCAUUUGGGUUGGAAUUGGAUAAUCAUCUCUUGGACCUGAGCGAGAUCCUCGACAGUAACUUUGUGCUGGGGAUGCAGCUCCGAAAGGCGAAGCGUGAUAUGAUGGAUCUGCGAACUCAUCUGUACAAGGUACGGAAAGAGCGAGAGAGUAUAGCUAUACAAAUGGAUGCGGUGCGCACCAAGCAUAUGGAGGAGGAGAGUGCAAAGACGGCUCGCAAUACCAUCAACAACUCGCUACAUAGCCUUGAAAUGGCCCUCGAUCGCAGCCAGCACCGCGGUGAAUCUAGCACGGAGAUUUCUCCUGGGGACAUUGAAUUCAUGCUUCGUACCGUAGCUGAUGAUGUGAGCUGCCGGGCCCCUGGUGCACAGGGAGGGCUCUUAAAUCAGAUACGGGCUUUCAACCAGCAGCUCGAAGCAACGGCGCGGCGCCUGGAGCGAUCGUGAUUUUGUAUUUUAUUGGAGGGUCUCCACUAUCCGGAGUCAUAUUUCGUGAUUAGUCAUUCGUGAGUAAUGUCGUGAUACCAGUUUUGAAGUGAGUUAGCGACGGGCCAUGGCGUUUUCUUGUUGCACACACGAGUCGGGUACUACGUGUUGGGGAUGAAUUCGUUUGGCAGUAUCAUUCUAUUUCCAUGAAAGCUGAGAAAUCAAGUGGCGAGCAUCAAGCCGAAACCCGAGUUUGUUCUGUUUGUCAAGUUCUGCAGCACGUAACCUUAAAAAGUACGGUGAAUUGGUGAAUGGAG